CUUUGACGUCAGAUUUCAUUGGGGCCCGCCCGCCAGCUCAAGUGGAAGUGGUGAAUGUGAAUGGAGAGGUGGUGGGGGAAUCCGACAUCAGACACACAGCAGAGUGGACCGUCACUGCACGGGGAUGGAUCCAAGCAUCCUGGGAUUGUUCCUUCCUUAUCACCGCAAGACGUAGUGGAACACAACGCCAACCUGACAGAACCGCGAUGGUGCACUGCUUGGCGACUCGACGCGCGGCUGCGGACCGUUUAGGGGACCCGAAAAUGUGGUCGUUGUGACGUUGACUUGAACGCCGGUUUUUUUUUGCUGACUUUAUUGUUCCCGGCCGAGACGCACAGCGAAGAUGUUGAGUCGAUUCGUGAGUGGCAGCGUCAGGAAUCUCGAACGGGAAUACAGCUGCACCGUCCGGCUGCUGGACGACUCGGAAUAUACGUGCACCAUUCAGCGAGAUGCAAAAGGCCAGUAUCUGUUUGACCUCAUCUGCCACCACCUCAACUUGCUGGAGAAAGAUUAUUUCGGCAUCCGAUAUGUGGACCCCGACAAGCAGCGGCACUGGUUGGAGUUAACAAGGUCAAUCGCGAAGCAAAUGAAAUCUCAGCCUCCAUUCACAAUGUGUCUGCGUGUCAAGUUCUAUCCUCCUGAUCCAGCUGCUCUAAAAGAGGAAAUCACUCGAUAUCUCGUUUUCCUGCAAAUCAAAAGGGACCUUUACCACGGCCGCCUCCUGUGCAAAACCUCGGACGCCGCAUUGCUGGCUGCCUACAUCCUUCAAGCUGAGAUCGGGAAUUACGACCCCGGGAAGCACCCUGAAGGUUACAGCUCAAAAUUCCAGUUCUUCCCCAAACACUCGGAGAAACUGGAGCGGCGGAUCGCCGACAUACACAAGACAGAACUGAUUGGACAGACACCUGAAACAUCAGAGCGAAAUUUCCUGCAGAAGGCCCAGAUGCUGGAGACAUAUGGUGUUGAUCCGCAUCCAUGCAAGGACGUGUCGGGAAACCCGGCUUUCCUUGCGUUCACGCCCUUUGGUUUUGUGGUCUUGCAGGGAAACAAGAGAGUGCAUUUCCUCAACUGGAACGAGGUGACCAAGCUCAAGUUUGAGAGCAAGACGUUCCACGUUUAUGCAAACCACAAGGAGGAAACAAAGAUCACCCUGACAUAUUUUGCGCCCACACCGGAGGCAUGCAAGCAUCUUUGGAAGUGCGGCGUGGAAAACCAAGCUUUCUACAAGCUUGAGAAGUCAAGUCAGGUCCGCACAGUGUCCAGCAGCAAUUUGUUCUUCAAGGGCAGCCGCUUCCGUUACAGCGGGCGCGUGGCAAAAGAGGUGAUGGAGCACAGUGCCAAAAUCAAACGAGAACCUCCGGAAAUACACAGAGCUGGCCUGGUUCCCAGCCGGAGCUGUCCAUCCAUCACCCACGGGCCUCGGCUCACCAGCGUACCGCGCACACGGCGGAGAGCUGUACACAUCUCUAUCAUGGAGGGCCUGGAGUCGCUCCGUGACAGCGCCCACUCCACCCCGGUGCGUUCGGUGUCCCACGGUGAGGCGUUCAUCCCGCGUUCGCGCAGCCAGGCCACGGAGGCCGGCGAAGGGACGGCGGUGAUCUCGGACGAAGCGUACAGCCCCUCCGACAGCGUCCUGCCAACGCCGGUGGCCGAGCACGGCGUGGAGCUGCCGGUCGCCUUGCGGCAAAUUAACGGGGCGCCCUGCAGCAUCGAGGAGGAAAAGGAGUCGGAGGCAGGGACCCCCACGCGAGGGGUCGGGGGGGACUUUGGACAAGAGGGCGCCGCGGGGGCCCUCAGCGAGGUGGAACAGGUGAAUAAGUUUGUGUUGAGUGUCCUGCGUUUGCUCCUUGUCACCAUCGGACUCCUCUUUGUCUUGCUCCUCCUCCUCAUCAUCCUCACUGAGUCCGACCUCGACGUGGCGUUCUUACGCGACAUCCGCCGGACUCCCGAAUUCGAGCAGUUCCAUUACGAAUACUUUUGUCCCCUCAGGCGGUGGUUUGCCUGCAAGCUCCGCUGGGUGGGCGGGUUGCUCGUUAGCAAGUGAGGCGCUCGCGUUGGUAAACAGGCCUCUUGGUGGGGGGCUGAGGAGACGCCAUGGAAGUGGCACCCAUGGGAAUCGUCCUCCUCUUGCAGCCAUGCUGGUCGGACCGACCUUGUGACCCCAGGACAACUUCUCUCUCUCCCCCUCUCACACUUUUGAGUUUUUACAUCUCGCCCACCUCACUUUCGCUUUUGUUCUCCUUUUUUAUGAAAACCAAUUAUCUUUUCCUUCCUUUUUUUUGCAUAAAAAUCUGAGAAUUUUAAGGGUAUGCGCAUUACUUUGAGGUGUUAUUUAUUGACUUUAAAGGUAUUUGCAUCAGAUGAGACGGAAGGGGCACUGCAAGAAGAUGGGUGAAACAGAAGUGAGGUAGCGGGGUAUACAGUACACAUAUUUAACAUGUUAACUAAUUUUUAAAAUGUGACACACAUGAAGUCGCUCACAGUAAGAACACAUUCAUAAAAAAUGUGUUCUUACUGCUCGCUUUGGCGCAGCUUGUGGCAUCGUGGUGCCAAGGAACCUUAUUGAGAUGGAGCUUCAUUUAGGCAUUCAGUAAGCCUGUCUAAAAAAGUAGUGCUAUGCCACUGUUUUGAUGCCAAUGAACUAAGUUGGAAUGUGAAGAUGAGCUUUAUUUCGGAAUUCCACAGGACUAUCUUCUAAUAGAAAAGUAGUACUUUUACACCAUCUUUUUCUAUAGCCAAUUUGAGGGUGUGGGCGCCGGGGGAUUUUCAUCUGACAUAUCCAACACUUCACCAGCUAUCGCAAAACUCCUCCUCUAAACCAGAUGUCUGUUGUAUUACUGAUUUGCUAUUGAUGCCAAAAAAUGUUGGCAAAGCAACGAAAAUUCAACUCACUUCAACAUAGUUCCUUGUCACCAAAUGGUGCCCAAGCUUUCCAUGUAAGUGAGUUUUUCAGCAAAUAAUGCAUCAUAAGUUAUUUAAAAAAACAACAACAACAACAAUUGCAGUUAUGUGGUUUAAUACCCUUGGUGAAUGUGUGACGAAUUGAUUACUUGGGAUGCGUGCUGAUGUAAACAUUCGAACGUAUUGCGAUAUCUUUCGAACGUGCUGCAUAGUCGUUCGAACGAGUUGGUAAAGUCAUUGAAACGUAUUGGUAAAAUCAUUUGGACAUAUUUAGUGAAGUCAUUCAACAAAUUGGUGAAACGUGAGCUAAAUGCAAAAAUCUUAUUUCCCAGCAGGAUCGCUCCAAUACAUUAGGAUUUAUAAUCAUAAUAGUGAAUCGGUCUUUGGAUCGCAAAGGAAGGUAAACACUCAAAUUUGACUCCAUUGUUGUAUGGGUGUACCCUGCUUGAAUGGAAUGGACUCUAAAAUAUAGUAUAAGAGGUUGAACGUAAAGCCAUUGAAGGUUGACGUGAAUGAGAAGAAGAAAAGGAUACUUUAAUAGACAAAUACUGUAUCUUUUUUUAGUAUUGUAUAAGGCUUUGGUGACCUUGUAGUGUUAAGCGGAAUGAGUAGCUAAUAGCCUAGCUAUACAGUACAAACGUAGAUGUGCAAUCCUUAUCAAGUACUGGUACUUCUUGAAUGUGUUUGUUGGUUCCGCUUAUUCAUUUUCAUGACCUUGAGAUUCAAUGAAUUUCAAUUAUUUCUUACGAUGAAGAUUUAUUUUGAAUUAAAGAUCAACCUUUCGGUUUAUGUAUCAUAUUGCUCGUAGAUCAGAUGAUGUACUUUUUUUUGUUAAAAAACAAGUUUGUUUCCUAAUAUAUUGACAGCUCCGAUGUAUAUUUUAACAGGACUCAAAUGUUAUUUUGUUAUUAAAGAUGAAAAUUAUACUUUUUGUAGCGCCGUAAGUCUCAAGCGAGUACGGGGAGCAUUGACGGAGAAACAAAUGUCAGCCUUCAGUCUUUGUGUACAAUACAAAAACACGUGUGAUGCCAAAAUACAGUUCCACCUUUCAUACAUACUUCUCACAUAAGAUGUUGAAAAAAAUCGAAUAAAAUAAUUGACAGAUGAUAAAAUAAACAUUACAAAAAAAUAUGACUACAGCCAUGUUACUGAUUUAGUGUAUUUGAUUUUGCAGUUGAUCAAUGUAAAAGGUGCAUUUAAUUUUAUACAUUGUAUUGAUGACUGCUUUUUGAACAUAUGAGGCAAAUAUGAACUCAUAAAUGGGGUCAAAUCACGAGACUGUACAUUGUGCAAUGUUUAAGGAGAGUCUUUAACGUCAUCAGGUGCACAACCCAAAAUAACUGGGAUUACAAGAAACAAAUUCAGCGGAGCCCCCAAGGUCGACAACCUUCCAAUCUCCUAUUUGCUUGCAUUUCACAACACUUUUCCAAGAGGAAUAAAGAUUUGUCCCAUAAAAAAAAAACAAUUAUUUACAAAUACCGGUAAAUUUUAAAUUAAAUGUUGCAUAAGCAACCCCCGACACCCACCCCCAAAUCCCUGUGUGGUAUCUGUCUGAGUGUUUGAAAAGGAUGGAAAGAGAUUGACAUGAUAUCUUUUUGUUUUGCAAUGGUUGUUGAAGUUGGGAAAGGAAUUCACUUUAAAUGGAAGCAAUGUCCUUUCAUCAUGCAGCUUUUGCACAUUUGCCGUUCAAAGGCUGCUUCGGUCCACCGGAAUGCCGACAAUAAGAACGAACAAGUCCAUGAGAAGUCCACAUACUGUAGUUGCGUUAGCGUCAUGUAGCGUCUUGUAACAAGAAAAGAAAAAUAUGGGAUAACAGAAAAGAAAGAAAAGCACCAUUCAAGAAGCAAUAAUUAAGAAAUUAUUUUUUUUAAAAACAUUGUCAUAAAAUUUGUGUUUUAAAAUAAUGUGAUCAGUGACCCCAGUUCUAGUUGUAUUUUCCUCAUUGACCUCUUGUGUUGAGGUUUUUGUUUUUUAUGGUAAAUGUUUCGUUGAUUGUUUCUCGUCACGCUGCUUGGAGGAAAUGUAACAUUUUGUCCAUUUUGUUUGCAUUGAACAGCCUUAACGGCCCGACCCGACAGUUUAGUGGGGAAAGACGCAGGACAAGAUGAAAGUUUUAUCAUGUUUACUCUUUUCCCCCAUUGGAGAUACAUUGGCUUCAGUUUCUUCUAAAUAUAGUCUCAAUUCAAACAUCACAGAAAAUGUUCACUAGUUCACUAUUUCAUUUUAUAAAGCAAAACUUAUAUAUUAUGUGGACCAAUUACUACAGAGUGAAAUAUCCUUGUUUUGUGUGUGAUUAUAGCUUACAGCUAACAAAACAAGUCACCAUCUCAAGAUAUUCAAUUUCCAUUAUCUGAACUGUUUAUCCUGAUGAGCACUAAGGGACAAAUUAUUUCUUUUCCAUUAAAAAAAACAAAA